CUCCCUUGUUCAGGACCCUUGUCUUGCUACCUCUCUUCUCCUUCUGUGCUCCUCCAACUCAGCUUCCAUUCAUCUGCCAUGCUUCGUAGAUGCCUCGCCCUCGCGUUCGUCGCAUCGUGCACCUGUUUCGCACCGCCCAUGUUCACGAGAGAGUUUGCUCCUCGAUCGAGAGCUGCGGGCCGUGGGAUGCCUCUGAGACUGUUUGCUCGGCACGACGAUCCCGCUUCGAAAGCUGGAAGGAGGGAUGUUCUUGGUUGGAUGACUGUUGGUGUCGCAUCAGCGUUACUACAGGGUUACCAGCCCCCACCUGCAGAAGCUGUGAUCAGCGAUUUUGCAAAAUUGCGGGAGCUUGAGGAACUGCAGGCGGAAAUCUUCGAGCAGUCGGUUCCAUCUGUUUGCUUCAUCAGUACGGAAUACACGUCCAUGGCGCAGCAGCUCAAUCUGGACAGCAACUCGCUCCCCAAGGGGGUUGGCUCUGGUUUCGUUUGGGACGAUAAAGGUCACAUCGUCACCAACUUCCACGUGAUCAACAAGGUCGAUAGCGCGAUGGUCGUCCUGACAAAAACCGACGGCACGACGGAGAAGUACAAGGCCAAGCUCACUGGGGUGGACCCAGACAAAGACAUCGCUGUCUUGAAGAUCGACGCACCGGCUUCCUUGUUGAAGAAGCUGCCUGUGGGCGACAGCUCCAAGAUCAGAGUUGGGCAGUUUUCCUUCGCCAUCGGAAAUCCGUUCGGACAAGACCACACGCUCACGUCAGGCAUCAUCUCAGGGAAGAAUAGGGAGAUCACUGCGCCUACAGGACGAAAGAUCAAGGGUGUGAUCCAGACAGACGCUGCCAUCAACCCUGGAAACUCUGGAGGCCCUCUCCUCAACAGCCAGGGUCAGCUCAUCGGCAUCAACACGGCGAGUCUUGGAGCUGGGGUCUCAGCUGGGGUCGGGUUCGCAGUUCCCAUCGACUUGGCCGUUCCCACGAUUGAGCAGCUCAUCGAGUUUGGACAAGUGCAACGUGCAAUCCUCGGCAUCUCCUACCUCGAGCGCGUACCAACGGCAUCAGAGUCAGAGCGGAGCGGCAUCCCUCGCAUUGAGAAAGGAAUCGUUGUGCUGGAGGUCCCUCCCAACUCUCCAGCAGCCGCUGCUGGCAUGAUUGCAGUCAAGCGAUCGAAAGACCCCAAGAGCAAGCCCGAGCUCGGCGACGUGAUUGUCGGAAUCGACAAGUACGAGAUCAAAGAUCCUUUGGAUCUCAGCGCUGUCCUGGCCAAGUACAAGCCAGGAAACAAGGUUUCUGUGAAGGUGCUGCGAGGCCCUGAGCAGACACCGCAGACUCUUGCUUUGACACUUGGAGCCUUCCAAGGAAGUGCGUUCACGAAGCUGGAGAACGAGCGAGGUGCAGACUUUGCAGCGAAAGGAACGCCUUUGAACGUUCCUCUCUCGGAAAUUGCUCCUGCAAUCACUCCUCGCAUGCCUUCUGCCAAUUAA